AGAGUGUGUGUGGUGACUGUGGCGGACUGUGCAGUACGCCUCUGGAGUGCCCACAGUCAUGGCGGUGAAGCUCUCAGUGCCUCUUAAUGUGAUUAGAUCCUAAACUGUGUAACAAGCCUCCCCCCCCCCCCAUUGUGGUUCCUGGAGUGUUGGUAGACUGUGUACCGUGCUAGUUAACAGUGUCACUACUACAACCUCGACCCCCCUCCCUCAACGGAACUGUGAAACACCGUCCUGAAUUCUUGUGUUUUGUGGAGGGCGUCAUGUUGGCCGUCAUGUCUGGGGUCAAGAGGGAGCGUCCGCCCACGCCCACGUCCCCGCCUCAUCACCCGCCCACCACCCACACGCCCACAACCACGCCGCCUACUCCACCCUCACCCCACCCACCAACCGAGCCAUUAAACUUUUCUCGGCCGAAGCCGCCCGCCUCACCCGAUCCCGUAAUGCCGCCCACCAGCCUCCACGCCCGCCUGAGUUUGGAGAUGGCGCGGGCGGGCUUGUGUGGCGGGGGGCGGCUGGGGAUGCUGGGCGCCCACCACGGGCGGCUAGGCGGCCUAGUGCCCCCUUUGCUGCCCGCCUCCACCCUCUUCCCUCACCUGCGCUUCGGCCUCGGCCACGACGACAGCGACGAGCGGGGACUGAAGCGGCCGCUGGAGGACGACAUGGAAGCUCACCACCUGGACCUGGCCUCCCUGGAAGCCCACCAUCAGCAGCAGCAGCAGCAGCAGCAGCGCCCCCUGCGCCUGGAACCUCCCCACCUGGAGGAACCCCGCAGGAAGCAGCGCCGCUACCGCACCACCUUCACCACCUACCAGCUGGAGGAGAUGGAGAAGGUGUUCCUCAAGACGCAAUACCCUGACGUCGUCACCAGGGAGGAGCUGGCCAUGAAGAUUGGACUGACGGAGGCGAGGAUCCAGGUGUGGUUCCAGAACCGACGAGCCAAGUGGAGAAAGCAGGAGAAAGGCUUGAGUGGGUCCAGCGGGGGCGUGACGUCCGCCUCGCCUUACUCCUCCCUGGCCAGCAAACUGGCUGGCUACCCGGGCUACCAGCGACCGCCGCCGCUCUCCAAGCCCCAAGACCAGGCUCGAUUCCCUUCCCUGUUCUACUCUCACGCUUCCUCGUCCGCUACACUCUCGCUCUCGGCCUCCACGUCGUCCUCCUCGUCGUCGUCGUCUGCUGCACAAUCGGUGUUCCCGCCUCUGCUGCCGCUGGUGAGGGACCCGCGCGCUACCUACAGAUACCCGCUGAUCAACCCUCUCAGCACCCCGCUCCUCUAUCCGCCUUCCUUCCACGCCCUGCUCGCCCAACUAUCCGCCCACCACAAGGCAGAGACCGCCGCCCUCGAUUCCACCUACAGCACCAGCGAGUCCGCCCACGACCACGCCCACUACAAGCCGGAGACGGCCCAAGACGUCCCUCAAGAAGACGAGUCCUUAAGCGGUGACCUUCGCGACCCUCCGGAAGAGGAUGGGAUACCUCCACAGCGGGAGACUAAACCCUCUCCACCAAGCUCUGAAAAGGAGGAUGAAGAUGGAAACGCAGAAGAAGCGAAUCAUAAAGAAGAGAGAGCGAAGGAAGAAGGGAGCAGCGCAGGUAGAAACUUGGGAAUGAAGGGGGUGGAACCCCGCUCCACCGAGGCGCCUCGAACUGUGGAUGUCAAGGGUCUGGCCACGCUGCGGGCUCUCGAGCACUACCGCGGCACCCUAGACAUGCGCGCUCUGGAGGAAUAUCGGCGAGCGCUGGAGAUGCGCACUCUGGAGGCCCGCGCCGCGCAGAUCAACGCUCAAGCGCACAUGGAGGCUGCCCAGCUGUGUGGCAGAUCAUCCACCCCGUCGCCUGACCCCAUCCCGUCCACCCACACGCCGCCGGAGUCCCCGUCUCUCAACGACGAGGCCCUCACCGUCAAGCGACCAGAGUACAACAUCGACUCGCUGCUGAAGAAGGAAGCGUGAGCCUCCGUCAGCAGUGAGCCCGCGCCUCAAGCCCGCGCCACCCCUCAUGACGGCAAGCAAUCAACUACCUCCGCAUCAUUGCCGCUGAGAAUCUAUUUAU